AUGCUGCGGGUGCGGCCCGGGCUGUACCUGGGCGGAGCGGCCGCCGCGGAGCCGGGCCGCCUGCGGGAGGCGGGCGUCACGGACGUGCUGACUGUGGACGCGGAGGAGCCCGACCUCCAGGUGGAGGGCCUGCGGCGGCUCUUCGUGCCCGCGCUGGACGAGCCCGGGACCGACCUGCUGAGCCACCUGGGCCGCUGCGUGGCCUUCCUGGGCCGGGCCCGCGCCGAGGGCCGCGCGGCGCUGGUGCACUGUCACGCAGGAGUCAGCCGCAGCGUAGCAGUAAUGACAGCUUUUCUGAUGAAGACUGACCAGCUUACCUUUGAAAAAGCCUAUGAACACCUCCAGACCAUCCAGCCAGAGGCCAAGAUGAAUGAGGGUUUUGAGUGGCAAUUGAAAUUAUAUCAGCUCAUGGGGUGCGAAGUGGAUACCUGCAGUGCAAUUUAUAAGCAAUAUCGUCUACGAAUGGUCACAGAGAAGUAUCCAGAACUGCAGAGCUUACCUCAAGAGCUCUUUGCUGUUGACCCAACCAUGGCUUCACAAGGAUCCAAAGAGGAGGUUCUCUACAAAUGUAGAAAGUGCAGGAGGUCUUUAUUUCGAAGUUCGAGCAUUUUGGACCAUACUGAAGGAAGCGGUCCCGUAGCCUUUGCCCACAAGAGACUGGUACCACCUCUGGGGCCUGUCCCGGGGAGUCGGGCUCAGUGCACAUCCUAUUUCAUUGAGCCUGUGCAAUGGAUGGAACCCGCCCUGCUGGGAGUGCUGGAUGGGCAGCUGCUGUGCCCCAAAUGCAGUGCCAAGUUGGGUUCUUUCAAUUGGUACGGUGAGCGGUGCUCCUGUGGCACAUGGAUCACCCCUGCGUUCCAAAUCCAUAAGAACAGAGUGGAUGAAAUGAAGACGCUGCUGGCUCUGGGAUCACAAACAAGAAAAAUGUGA